GAAUUGGACAAUGUAGACGCGAUCUAUUCGUAUAAAAACCGGAGCACCUCCUGUCAAAAUUAUUCAGUUGCCAACAUUUGCAGAAUAAACAUGUACGCCAAGCUGAUCGUCGCUCUUUGCGCCCUGGGUGUGGCCCGCGCCAGCGGUGUCUAUGAAGCCGCUCCCCUGGCUUACAGCGCACACGCCUACGCCGCCCCUGCCGUAGUGACCAAGACCAUCAGCCCCGCGGUGUCCUCUGUAUCUGCCUACUCGACUCACACCGCUCACGGUGGAGAAAUCUCGUACGCCGCUGCCCCCGUUGUCGCCAAGGCCUACGCUGCCCCCAUCGUCGCCAAGACCUACGCUGCUCCUGCCGUUGCUGCGUACGCUGCACCCGUGUCUGCCUACGCCGCUGCCCCCGCUGCCGUCGUCACCAAGACCAUCUCCCCCGCUGUGAGCUCCAUCUCCUCCUACUCUACCAGCACCUCCCACGGCUCCCCCGUCGCCACUUACGCCGCUGCCCCCGUUGUGGCUAAGGCCGUCGCUCCCGUUGCCUACGCCGCUCCCGCUGUGGCUGCGUACGCUGCCCCUGCUGUGGUGACUAAGACCAUCUCUCCCGCCGUCUCCUCCGUGUCCGCAUACUCCACCCAAACCGCUCACGGUUCCGCGUACGCUCCCGCUGCGUACUCCGCCUACGCCGCUCCCGCUGUGGCUGCGUACUCCGCUUCUCUUGUCGCCAAGACCUACGGCGCUCCCCUUGUCGCCAAGACCUACGCUGCUCCCUUGGUAGCUAAGACUUACGCUGCUGCCCCCGUCGCCACUUACGCCCACGCCGCUCCCGUCCUCAAAUCCGUAGCGUACUCCGCUGCCCCCGCCGUCUCCCACAUCGAAUACAGCGGUCAUGGUGCUAACUACGGUUGGUAAACUGAAUCAAAACGUUUAUGUAAAUAGACCAAUUAAAAUAAACGACUUGCCAUAAUUUA